AACCACAACUACAACCACCACCACAACAAGAGGACCAAUUCCUGAGUUUAUCGGCCUUCCCGAAAAUGCAACAGUGGAGCGUGGCGCAACCUUCACAUUUCCCACCCCGACUGUGAUCUUGGAUGACAAGGACGUCAACCUGACCUACACCAUCGAGGGUGCAAACGCGGUUGACACAUCGCGGCGUGCGGGUACAACGUUCUCGCUCGAGUAUAUUACCGAGGACUCGGAUGGAGAGGUUGGCAGACACAUCCUCACCCUCACCAUCGUGGACACGCAGCCGCCGCGCCUGGUGUGGAUCGGCGGCAACGGCACGCUGACACACGAGGCAGGAACGCCCUUCGACUACGCAUCAUCGCUCGUGCGUGCAUACGAUAACGGUGAUGGCGUGACAAUUGAGCUGCCCACCAUCAAUAUCCUCCCACCGUCCGUUCCAGACCAGCAACCCAUCACCUUUGGCGUCGUUGAUGCGGCCGGCCUCCACGGCAACUACAUCACCCGCAACAUCACCAUCGUGGACACACUACCGCCUGUUGUCACAGCACCGCAACCGCUCGUGCUGCCCAUGGCGGAGGCCGGCAACGUCGCGGCAUACCUCCAGUCAACAGACCUCUACGCUGGUGACGUGAGCGACCUUAUCUCCGUCGAUCAAGCGGCCAUCCCGGCCGUGUUCGCGUCGUCCCCAACAGUCGUUGAUGUCCUGUUUGAUGCUCCCGACACUGCAGGCAACAGCGUCAACGGCACGGUGACCGUUCGGUUUCUCGAUCAGACACCGCCCACCAUCGUCUUCAACUCCACGUUUGUGGACGAGGACGCCACCACCGCCAACCAAACCCACAUUGUCCUGCCCUCGCUCACCCCUCCACUGGACAUGAUUGCGGACGUACUGGACAACGUGGCCGCUCCAACCAACGCCCCCUCGCUCAUCGUGGUGCGUCGGCCCACCAUUCCCCUAAUCACGUGUGGUGCUGCCGCCACGGCCGUUGCCAACGCGUGGAGGGGUACGCUGCCCAAUCCGGACCCGCGCGCGGCCUCGUCGCUGAUUGCCGUUGACGCCCCCAACGGCGCUGCGUACAGCGUGGACGUCACUGUCUCCGAUGCUGCGGGCAACGAAGCCGUGGCGAGCGUGGUGCUUGAGUACGCCGACCACACCCCGCCCAAUCUCACGCUGCUGGGCGAGACGAGGGUGGUGCUGGACCUCCCUACCUCCUUUGUUGAGGCUGGCGCCGUUGCAUUUGACAACCGCCUCUUCAACGACGUCCUCAUAUGCGCACAUGUUGACCGCUUUGAGCACGUCGCUGACGCAAGCGCAUGCAGCCUUGCCAACGUGACUGUGGUCGCCAGCAGUGACAGUGGGAACGGCGGCGGCGAGAAUGGCAGUGAUGGCGGUGGUGUUGGUGCUGCUAUGGUGCGGUUGUCUGGCGCCGACCCUGGCGCGAGUGGCGGGCUGGAGGUGUUGCAAAUCGGGUUGCAGCCGCAGGAGUGCUUCGUCGUCACAUACACGGCUGACGACGGCGUACAGACCACGACACGCAGGCGGGUGGUGUAUGCAAAGGACACACAGCCUCCAACCGUGUUCCUGCAAGGCGAAAAGUACGUGCAGGUGGCAUAUGCGCACGUGUUUGUGGACCCCGGCGCGUUUGCGCUAGAUGCGGUGGAGGGCGUGCUGCAAGCGAGCGUGCAUGACACCGUUGACCGAUUCCAGGUUGGCGUGUACACGGUGCGAUACGAGGCGGUGGACAGCAGCGGUAACAGCAACUACGAAGACCGGCAGGUGGAGGUGCUGCCCCUUCGCUCGUACACGGGCAUGCUACGGCUUGUUCUUCGCCUGGCCACCAGCAGCGAUGGCAACAGUGGUGGUCUUGAUGGUGGUGGUCUUGGUGGUCUUGGUGGGGACGUGUUGAAUGCAACACGUAUUGAGCAGGUGCUGGCGUCACAGCUGGCUGUGGAGCACGCAAUUGUGCUCACGCUGCGCAGCAAUGCCACUGCCACAGACAGCUUUGACGAUGCAUUCAACAUCCGCAACCCGUUUGCUGCUGUGAACAACAGCAGCGGCCGUGCUGGUGCUGGUGCAUCAAGCGAUGAAGGGGGAGGGGCAGCCCGACGAAGACGGCAACAACAGCAACAACAGCUGCAGCAAGGACAUGGCUGGGUGCAGCGGCGUGCUGCUGAUGGUGAUGAUGUCGUUGCGAUUACGGAUGUGCUGUUCCUGGAUGACACACUCACGCCCAUCCAUGAGGUGGAUGUUGCCGCUGCAAUCGCCAACCUGCCAUCCAACGCGGCAGGCGUGUCUGUUGUCAGUGCCACUGCCCUGGCGACUGUGCUGCCGCCACUGGAGAUACCGACAACGGCCACCCCACUACAGUCGACAGCAUCGACAACAGUGACGAGUCGGGGCAGCACGUCCGUCGCCCUGACCACCACAACGCCGACAACAACGACCACGGACAGCCAGCAAGGGAGUGGCAGUGGUGCUGGCGCGGACGAACAGGUGCAGCUGGGCAUCAUCGUUGGGGUUGCGGCUGGCGCGGGUCUGGUGGUGAUUGUGGUUGCUGUUGUAGUGGUGCGCAUGUGUCGACGGCGCCGCGUUGCUGUGCGAUAUGCGCCCGGCACGAGUGGCCCGUUUGCCUUUGACAAGGAGGUGGUCACGCUGCACGACAACCCCGUGUUUGUUCGCCGCGACAGCAGAGCGUCCCGCCACAGCGUCUCUGCGAAUGGCACGGCGAGCAGCGACGGUGUACGUGCAGGUGCAGGUGCAAGUGCAAGCCGGGCAUACAUGGAGCCAGCUGCCACCCGCGAGUACGAGGUGCCCGUGCCUGCAGGCACGAUGCAUAUGAGCGGCAACGCGCGCCAAGGGGCAGGCAUGGGCAGCGACAGAACGUACAUGCAGCCAGUGGCACGCACUGGUGCAAGUGGUGGAAACAGCGGGAUGGGCGAUGAUGCAGCAAGCCUGCGGCUGUCGCAACAGGGCAGUGCACGCUCGCGCUCCGGUCUCGGAAGCGUGGACGCGCGCGUGUACAUGCAGCCUGUUGCAACGACGGCUGCGCCGCGGGGUGUCAGAAGCCGCACCACCACGCAGACGCGCACUGAGAGUGGUGGCGAUGGUGGUGAUGACGAUGCAUAUGCGGCGCUUGAUGGGACGCAGAGGACCUACGACGCCACAGAUACCGUGUUGGCAGCAUGCGGUGGCGGCGGUGGUGGUGGCCGUGAUCAUGCUCGCGACCGUGGUGGCAGCCACGAUGACAGUGAAGCGACCGGGCGCCGUGCAACGCGGCGACUGCCAUCGAUACGGCGCAAUGGCGGUGGCGGUGAUGAAAUGGUGACGGGGACAUCCACGCCCUGGUUCCAUCCCCACCUCGAUCGCAUGGGUGCGGAGCAGCAGCUGCGUGAGGCUGGCGGUGUGCAAGGAAUGUUUUUGGUGCGCCUGCGAGCGCAGAGUGGAGAUGCAUACACAUCGUACGCGCUCUCCGUUAUGACAGACGGGCGUGUGCUACACCACUUGCUUGUGCGCACGCCUGAUGGGUUUACCGUGAAUGGCGCUGCGCUUGUUCCCGCGUGUCGCUCCUUGCCUGCGCUGGUGGAGCGACUCAUGCUACCAAACCCGACAGGCGUCCUCCUCACCCGCCCCUGCCUGUGCGAGGUGGAUGUGUGAUGAGUUGGAAGCUUUGUUUGUUUGUGUGUGUGUGUGUGUGUG